UUCAAAAAUAAUGACGUCACUGUUUUCCCGUGAUGCUUAGCGAAGCGAGCAUUCAGCGUUUGGCAAAAGCAAAAUCUUUCUCAAAACCUUUUAACGAUUACACGAAUCAAAAAAGUAUUUAUCAUAAAAACGGACACCAGUAAGGAAAUAUCAUUUUUGGUUGUAGGAUCGCGGGAUUUUUUUUCUCAACAGGACUGUGAGUAUUAAAACAAAUGUGGACUGUAAACAAUACCGCUAGUUAAGUUCCUGUACAGCUAGCAGCGAUAGCUCCAGCUAGCUAUUAUUAGCAUAGCAUAGCACUGGGUGAUGAGGUUCAAGGUUCCUUUUGUAUUGCCAAAUCUUUUAGGCUUGCCAUGUCAGAUUUACUGCCCGUGGAUACGGUUAACGUACCUUAAUUUAAAACGUUGAAAAUCGGACUCGUUUGUUGUCUUAAAAACAAUCAGGUUAGCAAGUUCCGUAGUCUGUGACUGAAGCCAAUGCUGCUGGGCUUGUAAAUAUUCAUAACGCUGAGAUGGAAUUUAGUCAACACUGUGAGGGUUAAAUAGUAUUGUUUAGUAAGGAUUAAAAUCACCAUUGAAUUGUUGCCUGCAUGUCUUGUACAAUUAAAUUAUGUGAACCUAAUGAGCAAGGGACAGUUGUCAAGGGGGUCUGUUUGCUGUCAAAUGUGAUACAUCUGUUUACCCCCUUCCGGCUAUAUACUCUCAAACAACACCUUAGUUAUAUAUUGCGAUUGUCUUUGGCGAUUGCCACAUGAUUAAAAAAAAUCUGCUAGCAUGAAUAGCGUUUAAAUGUUAUGCAAAAGGUGACUACAAUGCUGACAUAUGUGCACUAUACAUGACCUCUUUUUAGGCAUUAUGGAUCAGGACUACGAGUCCAGGCUGCUAAGACAAAUCAACAUCCACAAUGACAACGCUAGUCCAGUGAAGACUUAUGGAGGGCUGCGAGCUCUCUCACCAGCCGGCUCCCCACUGUCCUCCCCGAGCAAGCACGGCGAUCGCUUCAUUCCGUCACGGGCUGGUGCCAACUGGAGCGUCAACUUCCACCGCAUUUAUGAAAUUGAGAAAUCACACAAUCAAAACAGAAAAACGAAAGAUGGCACAGCAGACAGCAAUAAAGCUGACGGUCUAGCUUACUCUGCACUGUUGAAGAAUGAGCUGCUAGGAGCCGGCAUAGACAAAGUCCAGGAUCCCCAGUCUGAGGACCGCCGUCUGCAACCAUCCACUCCCACCAGGAGAAGCCUUUUUAAAUAUUCUUUGAGUACUAAAAGGUCUCUUGAAGAAGAUGGCAACGCAGUCUCUCCGUAUUCUUUAUCACCCGUCAGCAGCAACAGCCAGAAACUGCUACGCUCACCACGGAAACCCAUGCGCAAGAUUUCCAAAAUACCAUUUAAAGUUCUUGAUGCUCCAGAGCUUCAGGAUGACUUCUACCUCAAUUUAGUGGACUGGUCCUCUCUCAACGUGCUCAGUGUGGGACUGGGCACUUGUGUGUACCUGUGGAGCGCCUGUACCAGCCAGGUGACACGACUAUGUGACCUUUCAGUAGAAGGAGAUUCUGUAACAUCGGUGGGCUGGUCAGAGAGGGGCAACCUGGUGGCAGUGGGAACUCAUAAAGGAUACGUGCAGAUUUGGGACGCCGCCGCAGGGAAGAAGCUAUCUGCACUUGAGGGACACACGGCGAGAGUGGGUGCCUUGGCAUGGAACGCAGACCAGCUCUCAUCCGGCAGUCGUGAUCGGGUCAUCCUGCAGCGGGACAUCAGAGCCCCACCUCUGCAGUCUGAGCGACGGCUCCAAGGACACCGACAGGAAGUGUGUGGUCUAAAGUGGAGUACGGACCAUCAGCUGUUAGCGUCUGGUGGGAACGAUAACAAGCUGCUUGUGUGGAACCACUCCAGCGUCCUCCCGGUGCAGCAAUACACAGAGCACUUAGCCGCAGUGAAGGCCAUCGCCUGGUCCCCCCACCAGCACGGCCUGUUGGCUUCUGGAGGCGGCACGGCGGACCGCUGCAUCCGCUUUUGGAACACUCUGACUGGCCAGCCGCUGCAGUGCACCGACACUGGCUCUCAAGUGUGCAACCUGGCCUGGUCCAAGCACACCAACGAACUGGUCAGCACACAUGGUUAUUCCCAGAACCAAAUCCUGGUGUGGAAGUAUCCAUCCCUCACUCAGGUGGCCAAGCUUACAGGACAUUCUUACAGAGUUCUCUACCUGGCCAUGUCCCCUGAUGGAGAGGCCAUUGUGACAGGAGCAGGAGAUGAAACUCUCCGCUUCUGGAACGUCUUUAGUAAAAUGAGAUCCACUAAGGAGUCUGUGUCAGUACUGAACCUUUUCACCAGGAUCCGAUAGUAAGCACUCCCUCAUCCAUACUAGAGGGGAAUUUUGUUGAAAUGGGAAUUUUUCUUUGCAUGAAUCGUGUCCAGGCUUUAAAUAGUCAUCCAUCUUCUACAGUUCUGAGUUGAUUAGGACUUAAGAACACUCAGUAUUCAACCACCACACAGACUACAAACUCAUAUUUCCAAGUUGUGCAUACCUGCCAAAUGUUGAGUUUAACCUUUUUAAUUGUUUUAUUUAUUCUGUUUUGUUUUUUUAAAUAUUUUUUGCAUAUUUUUGUGUUUGUUUGUCUUUAUAUAAAUAAUUGUGUAAUUGCAAUGUUUUGGUUAAAAUCUGUGGAGUUUGGCAUUGCUUUCAAGGGCUUGCAGGAAGAUGGUAGGUGACAAUAAUGUAAAAGCGUGUUGGCAACAUCAUGGUAUCUUGCAUUAACGGGAUAAGGUUGGCUUUUUUUUCCCAAAUCAAAUGUGUUGUGUUAUAUUAUCAAGCAGUAUGAAUAUUCUAACAAUAAAGGAAAAAAAACAGGUACAUUUGAAGAGAAAGCACAAAAAUGGCCCAUUUCAACCUCGCCAGUGCUGAACACUUAACAAUAGCAACAUGAAAACAUUGCCUUUCAGCAUCAUUAAUGACAGCAAUUAAAGCCUAAAAUAAAAACAAUUAGCUGUGCUUGUGUGCCGUUAUCUGCUAUUGGCUUGUAUUCGUGUGGAGGAACUCGUGCUUUUUUUUGUCUCACCUUCCAUAUCUGCAACCCCAACACCCAUUGCAAUUGUUUGUUUUUUUCAAUUUGAACGAUAAGUACACUUGUCUACUACAUCUACAUAAAUGCUAUUUAUUUGUGUUGUGUAAAAAAGAAAAGUGUUAUACAGUAAUAAUGGCAUGCUUGGUGACUGAUUGGAGAAAAGCAGUUGAACAUCAAUGUACUUACGCUGACUUGAUUUAACACAAGGAAUGUUAAAUGAUGUCUAUUUCUGUACUAAAGCAAUGGGCAAUUAAAGACGUCAUAUCUUGUA